AUCGCCGCAUUCAUCUCUUCAGCCAGGAGCCCAGGAAAACUAGGGUUUCUCUGCAACUACACAGCAAUGGGGAAGGGAACGGGGAGCUUUGGUAAGAGGAGGAACAAGACUCAUACCCUCUGUAUUAGGUGUGGCCGUCGCAGCUUUCACAUCCAGAAGAGCCGAUGCUCUGCCUGUGCCUACCCUGCUGCCCGCAAGAGGACAUAUAACUGGAGCCAGAAGGCGAUUCGCAGGAAGACAACGGGAACUGGUCGCAUGAGGUAUCUUCGCCAUGUGCCUCGACGAUUCAAGACCAAUUUCAGAGAAGGUACUGAAGCGGCUCCGAGGAAGAAGGCAGCGGCAGCUUCUGCUUGAGGUGCUGCAGGCCCUACCUGUACUUGGGUGUGAUUUUUAGGACUACUUUCUUAUAUUGUCAUUUGGUAUUUUAUUGUUUUUCAAGAUCAGAACAAGUUGAUUUUAGAACAUCAUUUGAGGGUGUACACCCAUUUUUAUUAUUGUUAGCUGUCUUUAACAAUGCUUGAUAGGUAGUUGAGCUGAGAUUUGAAAAUGGAUUGAUUAGACCAUUAGGAAUCGAAAUUCCUAUGUUCUUCUUGAUGCAUAAUGUUGGUUUCAAUAUAUUGGUGUAAUGAUUGUGAUUCUGCUUGGAAUUUUGUAGUCGGCUGAUUGAUUGGUUAUCAAUUAUCAAGAUAAAUCGAG